UUUUAUUCUUUUUCACUUUAAUCACAAUUUGAGUUGGUCAACUCAAGACAAUUCUGUUUAUGUUUAGUCUUUAUAAAAGAUAAGCUUAAAUCUAAUGAAGUUUAUGUUUUGAAUUUGCAUUUGUUUUUGUUUUGUUGAUCAUUUGUGAAUAUUAAAUGAAUUAUUUAAUUUGGUUUUGUCAAGAAAGUCCAGCUUUCAGAUUAGCUGAGAUUAAAGCUCUUUUAACUCUAUUCAAUUGUAAUGUAAAACUUUCCGAUACUCCAAAGGAAAAUCCUUUCCUGAUUGUUAAAAGUGAUACAGUUGAAGAAGAAGAGAAAUUAAUCAAAGCAGCUAGUCGGGCUGUUUGUGUACGAUCAUUGUUUCAUCUUUGGUCUCAUUCAUCAAACCGAGAAGAUUUAAUUUCUCAACUUAAACAAUGUGACUUGAUUAGAAAGAAAGAGUUUACUGGUGCUGAUCGAUCAUUUAAAAUUACCGUUCAAACCUAUGGGAAAAAGAUCACUAGUCAAUUAAAGGUCGAUAAGAUUGAGCAACUUUCGUUUUUACCAUUUGAAGGGCCGAUCAACUUGACCGAACCAGAUAAUCAUUUCUAUCUGAUUGAAUAUUUUGGACUAUUAUCUAAUUCAGCACCGAAAGAACCUUAUGAUAUUUUCUUUGGUCGAUUCCUUACCAAUGGAGAUAACCGAUUCUCUCAUGAUGUUAGCCUUAAGAAACGUAAAUUCAUUAGUAACACCUCGAUGGUCCCCUGGUUAACGGCCGUUAUGGCCAAUUUGGGGUUCGUCAAAGAUGGUGACAUUGUUUAUGAUCCGUUCGUAGGUUCGGGAUCCCUGUUAGUGGCCGCAGCGAAAUAUGGAGCCUUUACCAUCGGCAGUGACAUUGAUUACAAAUUACUUCACGGUGAACGAAAACCCUCCCGUCGAUAUGCAACCAAACGAGAUCCCGACGAAAGUGUUUAUGCCAAUUUCCAACAAUACGGAUUAACAUCUAAUUAUUUGGAUGUUUUUGUCGCCGAUGCUUCGAGAUCUCCAUUCAGGCCAUUUGAAGUGGAUGCGAUUAUAACUGAUCCUCCUUAUGGAAUUAGGGAAAACUCAAGAAAAAUAGGAACUGAUAAAUACGAUGAAACUUACAAAGUACCCGAAGAAUAUUUAAAUUGUCAUUAUCCAUCUAAGGUUCUUUAUCCGUUCGAGGAUAUUAUGAGAGAUUUGUUUCGAUUGGCAUUAAAAAAUUUACGAAUUGGAGGUCGAUUAGUUUUCUGGAUUCCAAGGAUAACUGAUUACCAAAUGGAAGACAGUUUACCAAAUCAUCCCUCAUUUCGUUUAGUUGAUUGUUGUAACCAAGAUAUGAAAUUUAACGUUUCUCGAGUUCUAGUUUCUUAUGAGAAGAUUUCAAAUGAUUCUAAUUGUCAAGUUUUCAUUCCUGAGAUAAUUAAAAAUUUUAGAGAAUUGUAUCUCGAAGGAAUGGCUGCGUUGGGUCUAAAAAAUAAAGAGAAAAUCAAAGAAUAAAACAAUCAAAUUAAUAAUAAAAAUAAGUUUUCUAUUAAAUUAA